UUUCGCUUGUGUCUACCCAGGUGGCGUGGCUGCAGGUCGACACCCAGACCAUCCUCACGAUCCACGGCAGCGUCAUCACCAAGAACCACCGCGUCAAGGUGACGGACACGGACCAGCGCACCUGGCAGCUGCACAUCCGGGAGGUGCGCGAGACGGACCGCGGCUGGUACAUGUGCCAGCUCAACACGGACCCCAUGAAGAGCCAGCAGGGCUACCUCGACGUUGUCGUCCCGCCCAACAUCCUGGACGACUUCCACACGAGCACAGACAUGGUGGAGCGGGAAGGGCACAACGUGUCGAUGCGCUGCGAGGCGACGGGCUCGCCACAGCCGAUCAUAACGUGGAGAAGAGAGGACGGCAAAAACAUCAAGCUGGGCAACGGCAUCGAAGAGCAAAGUAUCGAAGGGCCACUCCUGACUAUUCACCGUGUCGACCGCCUGUCAAUGGCUGCGUAUCUCUGCAUAGCUUCUAACGGAGUGCCGCCAUCGGUCAGCAAGCGUCUCAAACUUAUCGUUCAUUUCCCGCCAAUGAUAACGAUUCCUAAUCAACUUGUGGGUGCAGUGCAAGGUCAAAAUUUAACUUUAGAAUGUUUGUCGGAGGCCUUUCCGAAAUCUAUCAACUACUGGACGAGAAAUGGAGAGAUUGUCACAGCAGGUUCCCGUCACGAGCCAUCAGUGUACGACAAGGACUACACAAUAACAAUGAGACUUCACAUUAGAAACAUUCAAAAGGUAGACUUUACCUCUUAUAAAUGUGUAUCAAAAAACAAUUUAGGAGAAACUGAUGGUCUAAUUCAAGUUGAAGAAAUACCUCAGGCAUCAACUCCACUGUCAACGUCAAAACCACACUCUACACAUAGAAAAGGAAAGAAAGGCUCACGAAAAGAAAACAGACAUGACAACGAAGUACACGUGUCUGAGUCCGACAAUACUCUCGAUAAAUACCGAGAAACAGAUAUUAAAAGAUACGACGCCGAUCAACUGGCAAGAGGGCAGGCAAAGGCAGCCUUCUCAUCGGGCACGUCAACAAACUCGCGACUCGCCAACCGACUGGUGUCUUGCAUAUCCUCGUGGAUGUUGAUGGUUGUGUUUAGGUGCUUCCUUAGGGUUUGAAAUAAAGUCGACAGCAGAUUCUAACGUGUUAUGUUAGGCUUCAAUUCGCUUGAAGGCGUGAAAAAAACUGCAUAGGGUGCUGGUUGCGGCAGCUGCACCACACAGGGCGCACACCACUGAUGUUGGAGUGAGGGAAGCACUUAUCGAAGAAGUUGGGUGCGGUGUGUAGGGGUCAGCACAUGAUGUCAGAGCGGUGAGAAAAAUAGAACCAUAUGUGAUUGAAUACGAAUCGGGUAAUUAAGAAUAUCGCAAGUUUAUAUCAAAAUGGCAUAGUGUAUUAAUGAAACACAUCCGCAUAAUAAUUUUUUACAGUUGUAAAUGGAGAGAGACUAGCAGUUUUUUUUCGGCAGGCUAAACUCAGAAAUUUGUGACAGGAAACUGCAUCUAUAAUUGAGUAAAUUGUUCCAUGAUUUAUAUACCAGGAUAGGGAAUAGCCUUGCAAUGCUUGCAAUCUUCUUUAUAACUUUGUAUAAAUCUCAAAAAUGUACAUUAAUAGUACAAUAAAAACAAAAGAAAAAUUUUCCUGAAACUGA